AUGAAGCCACCCGGCAACAGCUCCAGGCGGCCGCCCGUGGAGGGCUGCAGCCUCCCCCGAGCCUCCAGCUGCUCCCGCGGCGGCCCCGCCGGCCCGGCGCCCGUCCGCGCCCCGGCCCGCGCGCCGCCCUGCCGCCUGCUCCUCGUACUUCUCCUGCUGCCUCCGCUCGCCGCCUCAUCCCGGCCCCGCGCCUGGCGGGCUGCUGCACCCAGCGCUCUGCAUUGGAAUGAAACUGCAGAAAACAAUUUGGGAGUCCUGGCAGAUGAAGACAACACAUUGCAACAGAAUAGCAGCAGUAAUAGCAGUUACAGCAAUGCAAUGCAGAAGGAAAUCACACUGCCUUCAAGACUCGUAUAUUACAUCAACCAAGACUCGGAAAGCCCUUACCAUGUUCUUGACACGAAGGCAAGACACCAGCAAAAACAUAACAAGGCUGUCCAUCUGGCCCAGGCAAGCUUCCAGAUUGAAGCCUUCGGCUCCAAAUUCAUUCUUGACCUCACACUGAACAAUGGUUUGCUGUCUUCUGAUUAUGUGGAGAUUCACUACGAAAAUGGGAAACCACAGUACUCUAAGGGUGGAGAGCACUGUUAUUACCAUGGAAACAUCAGAGGUAUCAAGGACUCCAGGGUGGCUCUGUCGACCUGCAAUGGACUUCAUGGUAUGUUUGAAGAUAAUACCUUCGUGUAUAUGAUAGAACCACUGGAGCUGGUUCAUGAUGAGAAAAGCACAGGUCGACCACACAUAAUCGAGAAAAGCUUGGCAGGACAAUAUUCUAAGCAAAUGAAGAAUCUCAGUAUGGAAAGCAGUGACCAGUGGCCCUUCCUAUCUGAAUUACAGUGGUUGAAAAGGAGAAGGAAGAGAGCAGUGAAUCCAUCUCGUGGUGUGUUUGAAGAAAUGAAAUAUUUGGAACUUAUGAUUGUUAAUGAUCACAAAACGUAUAAGAAGUGUCGCUCUUCUCAUGCGCAUACAAACAACUUUGCAAAGUCUGUGGUCAACCUUGUGGAUUCUAUUUACAAGGAGCAGCUUAAUACCAGGGUUGUCCUGGUGGCUGUAGAGACCUGGACUGAGAAGGAUCAUAUUGACAUCACCACCAACCCUGUGCAGAUGCUCCACGAAUUCUCCAAAUACCGGCUGCGUAUCAGGCAGCAUGCUGAUGCUGUGCAUCUCAUCUCGCGUGUGACAUUCCACUAUAAGAGAAGCAGCCUGAGUUACUUUGGAGGUGUCUGUUCUCACACAAGGGGAGUUGGUGUGAAUGAGUAUGGUCUUCCAAUGGCAGUGGCACAAGUAUUAUCGCAGAGCCUGGCUCAAAACCUUGGAAUCCAAUGGGAACCUUCUAGCAGAAAGCCAAAAUGUGACUGCACAGAAUCCUGGGGCGGCUGCAUCAUGGAGGAGACGGGGGUAUCCCAUUCCAGAAAGUUCUCAAAGUGCAGCAUUUUGGAGUAUAGAGACUUUUUACACAGAGGGGGUGGAGCCUGUCUUUUCAACAGGCCAACAAAGCUAUUUGAGCCCACAGAAUGUGGAAAUGGAUAUGUGGAAGCUGGGGAGGAGUGUGAUUGUGGAAUCCAUGUGGAAUGCUAUGGAUUGUGCUGUAAGAAAUGCUCUCUCUCCAAUGGGGCCCACUGCAGCGACGGGCCCUGCUGUAAUAAUACCUCAUGUCUUUUUCAGCCGCGAGGGUAUGAAUGUCGGGAUGCUGUGAAUGGGUGUGAUAUUACCGAAUAUUGUACUGGAGACUCUGGCCAGUGCCCACCAAAUCUUCAUAAGCAAGAUGGAUAUGCAUGCAAUCAAAAUCAGGGCCGCUGCUACAACGGGGAGUGCAAGACACGGGAUAACCAGUGUCAGUACAUCUGGGGAACAAAGGCUUCGGGGUCUGACAAAUUCUGUUAUGAAAAGCUGAAUACAGAAGGCACAGAGAAAGGCAACUGCGGGAAGGAUGGAGACCGAUGGAUCCAGUGCAGCAAACACGAUGUGUUCUGUGGAUUUUUACUCUGUACCAAUCUUACUCGAGCUCCACGUAUUGGUCAACUUCAGGGUGAGAUCAUCCCAACUUCCUUCUACCACCAAGGCCGGGUGAUUGACUGCAGUGGUGCUCAUGUGGUUUUAGAUGAUGAUACAGAUGUGGGCUAUGUAGAAGAUGGAACACCAUGUGGCCCAUCUAUGAUGUGUUUAGAUCGGAAGUGCCUACAGAUUCAGGCCCUAAAUAUGAGCAGCUGCCCUCUCGGUUCCAAGGGUAAAGUCUGUUCCGGCCAUGGGGUGUGUAGUAAUGAAGCCACCUGCAUCUGUGAUUUCACCUGGGCAGGGACAGACUGUAGUAUCCGGGAUCCAGUUAGGAGCCUGCACCCCCCGAAGGACGAAGGACCCAAGGGUCCUAGUGCCACCAAUCUCAUAAUAGGCUCCAUCGCUGGUGCCAUACUGGUAGCAGCUAUUGUCCUUGGGGGCACAGGAUGGGGAUUUAAAAAUGUCAAGAAGAGGAGGUUCGAUCCUACUCAGCAAGGCCCCAUCUGA